GUACUCGGCGCACCUGCCGAAUACACCGACUUCGCUCUUCAACCGCUCCUGUUGUCUGUCCAUUGUGUGUGUGCACUUGCUCUAUGUACUGUGUAAUUGUGUGUGUAUGCGCCGUAUUCAUUGAUCGUCUGUCUUGUGUCAUUAGUAGAGAAACUUGGUUGGUACCGAAGGAAAUUUUCACGGAUAUAUGAAUUUUGUUUCCGAAGACUAAUAUAAGACAUCGUCAUCAAUUAGUAAAAUUGAUGUUUCAACCAGUUUCGUUUGAUAUGGUUCGAGUCCAUCUUGUGAUCGGGAAUAGGUGUUGAGAACAUUUACAUGAAAUGAUGAGCAACCAACCACAACAGAUUAACUCGCAUUCUCCCCCGGGCACCAAAGAGGGCGUGCUAACCAAUGGCCACCAUGUGAUCAACGGCAGUCCGCAAAAUGGCUCCCCGCCCGGCUACAUCGAAAUGACCCAAGGUCCACAGCACCGCCCCAUCCCGCCGAUUCGGGUCCAGAGCGAGACGCCGUGCCCUCCGUCUGCGGCCCAGACACCCGUUCCCUCGGCCUCCCAGCAGCGGACCAUCAAGCAGGAGGGGAGCUCAGGAGAGAACGGGUACGGCGCUGAGAGGGACGUACUGCCAGCUUUGUCCUCGUACAGCUGCGCAGUCCACAACGGGGAGCCACCCAAGCCAGGGGGACAGGAUGGGGGCAAUGAUGAGGGCGGUUACAGCGGAGAGAACCAUCCCAAAAAUAAAGGUGAGGGCAUUGAUUCUUUAGAUCUAUAGGCCUACACUUUUCCCUAAUGUGCAGUAUAAAUUGCCAAGGGCAUUCAACAGGUACU